AUCAGUUGACCUUGUUUUUUUAGUAUUUUAAAUGAAUGAACAUAAUAUGAUUUCAUAUCAUCAUAAGGAAAGAAGUCUUUCGUCUAUUUUUCCUUCAAUAUUCCAAAAAAACACGUCGGAUGUCAUUGAAGAAUGCCAUAAAAAGCCAAAGAAAGAAUCCUCGUUUUUUUCUUUAGAAUCUUUGAACAGUUGUAUGAAAAAACAAUAUUCUUCAAAAGUAUUUAAUUAUAGCAAAUGGAGAGAAACACAGAAUUGGCAAGAUGUUAAAGAAACGAAUCAUAUUCUUAAAACAACGAAUUUAGUAAGUGGAAGAAAAGUGAUCAACAAAUAUGAAAUUAUUCGUGAAAUUGGGCGAGGAGUCCACGGGAAAGUAAAGCUUGCGCUGGAUCUUUCAUCAAACGAAUAUGUUGCUUUAAAAAUUAUUGAAAGAAAUAGUAGGAAACGUCUCGGAAGAAACGAAACAUCAUCACAAGAGCAAAAAAUUCGUAGAGAAAUAGCAAUUUUGAAAAAAUGUAUUCAUCCUCAUGUUGUAAGACUACGUGAGGUUAUGGAUGAUCCUAUGAGUAGGAAAAUAUAUCUCGUUCUGGAGUAUAUGGAUGGAGGAGAAGUUAUUUGGAGAACAUCUGAUGAUAAGCCAGCUCUUACUAUAUGGCAAGCUCGGUCUACAUUCAGGGAUGUUGUACUUGGUCUCGAAUAUUUACAUUAUCAAGGAAUUAUUCAUAGAGAUAUUAAACCUGCUAAUCUUCUAUGGACUAAAAAUCAUGUUGUAAAAAUCUCCGAUUUCGGAGUUUCAUAUUCUAAUACAUGUUAUGGUUUGUCCGCAGAAGAAAAUGAGCUGGAACUUGCAAAAACUGCGGGUACACCUGCGUUUUUUGCUCCAGAAUUAUGCUAUUGCGAUCCAUCUAAACGUUGUACUAUUACUAAAGCAAUUGAUAUUUGGGCACUAGGGAUUACCCUUUAUUGUCUUUUAUUUGGAAGUUGCCCUUUUACAGCUGAUGGAGAAUAUGAAUUGAUGAAUGUUAUUCCGACAAAACCUCUUGAAAUUCCAUCUACACCGCCUAUAGGUGAUAAGGCAAAAAAUCUUUUAAAAAGAUUAUUAGAGAAAGACCCAAAUGCUCGAAUAACUUUAGAAGAAAUAAAACGGCAUCCUUGGCUUCUAGAAGAUAUAUCUGAUCCUGAGAACUGGAUAAAAGAGACAGAUCCUAGGAACUAUCAAUUAUUGGAGGUCACUCAACAAGAAGUAGAUGGCGCUGUUUCUAUUGUAGACAAACUUAAACGCAAAUUAACAAAACUUACAUCUAAAUUUUCUCGAUUAGCAAUUAUUACAGGACUAAAAAAACAUAAUCAGAAUAUAAGUUCAUCUAAAAUGCAAUCCGAACGUUAUAAAGAUGUAGGAAAGGAAUCGUCUAAUCAAAACUUUAAUAAUUCAAAUGUAAAACCAAGUGUAUGUAUUACUAAGGCAAAAUCAGUCCCUACGUCAGCUCAUAUGAAAAAAUUAAUAUAUGAACAAUAUAAUAAUACAAAUUUAUCUUCCUCAGAGCCAUCAAUAACUCCUUAUUCAGAAACUAAUAUGAAAUUUCCCAAAAUGACUCGAUCAAGAGCAUAUUCAAAUUUAAGUGCACAAACUUUUCCUAGCUUUUCGAAAUUCGAAAAUUACAAUACAUAUUAUAUAAUGGAUGAUAAUUGUCUUAUAGAGAAGUGUAAUGUUAGUGACGAGUAACAGGAAACAAAACUAAUUGAUUCAAAAAAUAUGCUUAAGUAGAAAUAUUAUUAUGAUAAUCCUUAAAUG